UUUAAAGCACCUUAGAGGGGGGAUCUCUAGGGCGUCGGCUCCGCCACCAUUCGGUGCCCAGAGGUGGUUAACGGCCAGCGCCUGGGCUGAACACGGCCUCCCCGCUCACUUUCUACCGGCAGUUCUGCCUGGCUGCCCUUUCGCCUUUUGAUAGGACUUCGGUGCUGAGUUAGUCCGGGAGAGACAAACAGCUCCAUAAGGGGAGUUGGGCCGACCUGAACGGCAGUCGUUUAAGGAGCGGACCUGUAACAGCUCACAAGCUACUUUCGCUUGAUCUUUUGAGGGCUGGUCUUAUAUAGUAAAUGCACGACAGUCAUGAGAGAAAGCCCUGCCGAACUAAAAACACGCGCUACCAAAUGGAGGAACUCCCAGUUCAGUUAUUUAUCCCCUAGGAACCAGUUCAUUUUGCAUGGUAGUCCCGAAGUGAAUGCUUCAAAUGCCAUAGACAAGCAGCUUCCGUCUCCUCACUUAGCCUACCAAAGGGAACUCUGGUAGGUGCCCUAGCAGAGGCGAGGCGAGGCGGAAGCUCCCUGAGGUACGUAGCCCUCCGAUGCACAGAGUUAAAACAUUCCAGGUCGCCAGCCCUCGGAAUUACACGCCACCCAUCUUUUGAGGGGACUGAGGUGGAGGGAGGCGCCGUCCCUUCCACUUAACGGAUGAGAACUGAUUGGCAGAUGUCUGCCUCCUCGCCAGAAUCCAGAAAAUUUAACCUUCGACGACGUGCCGUCGCCUCCCUAUUUUAGGGAACCCUCCAAAUCGAGGUGACGUAAGACGCUCUCUUCCGCCCAUCGAGACAGAAGCCCCGCCCACAACCUCGAAUGGGAUACUUAAAGCUGUUGGUGGUAGAGAAUUUUAAGUCAUGGCGGGGGCAACAAAACAUUGGACCAUUCAAGAAAUUCACUUGUGUCAUUGGCCCAAAUGGUUCAGGGAAGUCAAAUGUAAUGGAUGCUCUUAGUUUUGUAAUGGGAGAGAAGAUAUAUAAUUUGAGAGUGAAACGCAUUCAGGAACUGAUACAUGGGGCACAUGUAGGAAAGCCAGUUUCAUCAACUGCAAGUGUCAAAAUGGUGUACUGUGAAGAAAAUGGGCAAGAGAAGAUAUUUUCAAGAAUCAUUCGAGGCAGUGGAUCUGAGUUUCUUGUCAAUGGCACUGUUGUCAACCGAUCCGUAUAUAUAAAAGAACUUGGUGAUAUUGGUAUACUUGCUAAAGCAAGGAAUUGCUUGGUUUUUCAGGGUGAGGUGGAAACCAUUGCUAUGAAGAAACCUAAGGAAAGAACUCAGCUUUUUGAACAGAUUAGUAAUUCAGGGGAGCUAGCUGCUGAAUAUGUAGAAAAAAAGAAGAAUAUGCAAAAAGCAGAGGAAGAUGCUCAAUUCAGUUACAACAAGAAGAAAAAUGUUGCAGUUGAGCGCAAACGUGCUAAGUUAGAGAAGGAGGAGGCUGAACAUUACCAGAUAUUAUUGCAAGAGGUGCAAGAAUGUAAGACGCAGCUGCAGCUUUUCCAGAUGUAUCACAAUGAACAAAAAAUUAACCUUCUUAACAGUAAAUUGUCUGCAAAAAACAUGAAGAUUGAUGAUAAAAAGACUGUUGUUUCUCAUGCUGAAGACACUGUAAAGGCCAAGAAAAAAGCUCUUGGAAUAUUAAUUAGAAACCAGCAGCAUAUUGAAAAAGAAAUAAAGUCUCUGGAAGUUCUGCUGAGUCAAAAAAGGCCUCAGUAUAUUAAAGCAAAGGAGAGAACCUCUCAUCAGAUUAAAAAAGUAGAUACAGCUAAGAAAGCCUUGAAAGAUCAUAUGAAAGAGCUGGCUAAGCAAGAAGGAAACAGAAAAGAACUGCAGACGGAACUGUCUGACAUUGAUAAAGCCUAUAGAGCAUUUGAGAAAAAGAUUGAAGAGGAGACAGUGCAUGGAGAAAGCGAUGUGUUGCUAGAAGAGAACCAGAUAAGCAAAUACAAGGAGCUAAAAGAACUGGUGAGGAAGAAAGUGGCUAUAUUGACUCAGCAGCUGGAAAAACUGCAGUGGGAACAAAAGGCAGAUAAAGAAAAGAUGACAUUUGAUCAGCGGAGAGAGAAAGAGACUGAGGGCAGUAUAAAGCAAGUCGUACAACAGAUAGAAGAUCAUGAAAAGCGAGUAGAAGCACUAAUAGAAUACAACAGGACAUGCACGGCAUCUUUAGAAAAUAAAGAAGAAGAAGGAGGAAAGCUGGCAAAUGAAAUUGAAAGUUCAAAGAUACGAAUGGCUGAAGUAAACGAAGAAUUGAAUAAAAUUGUUAGUGACUUGCACAAUGCUAGAAUGGAUGUCCAUGAAGGGAAACGGCAGCAGAUGAGAGCAGAAAAACUGGAGAGUCUAAAAAGAUUGUACCCUGAUUAUGUGUUUGGAAGAUUGGUUGAUUUGUGUCACCCUAUUCAUAAAAAAUAUCAACUGGCUGUCACCAAAGUGUUUGGCAAGUAUAUGACUGCUAUCAUUGUGGCUUCAGAAAAAGCAGCUCGAGAUUGUAUUCGUUUUCUCAAGGAAGAAAGAGCUGAACCUGAAACAUUCCUUCCUUUAGAUUAUCUUGAGGUGGAACCAAUAAAUGAGCAGUUAAGAGAGAUUAAAGGAUGUAAGAUGAUGAUUGAUGUCAUACAGACUUCUUUUCCUUCACUGAAGAAAGUAAUUCAGUUCGUUUGUGGGAAUGGUCUAGUUUGUGAAACGGUAAAGGAAGCAAAGCAAUUGGCAUUUGAUGGUCCACACCGCCUAAAAACAGUAGCCCUUGAUGGAACUUUAUUUUUGAAAUCUGGAAUAAUUUCUGGAGGGUCAAGUUAUUUGAAAAUGAAGGCUAGAUAUUGGGAUGAAAAAGAAAUGAAUGUACUUAAGGAGCAAAGAGAGAAGCUGAUGAAUGAACUAAAGGACUUGCUGAAAAUCAAACGGAAAGAGAUUGAUUUAAAGCAUUUGCAGGCUCAGUGCCAAGGAAUUCGAAUGCGACAGAAAUAUUCCCAAAAUGAACUAGAAGUUCUUAGGAAAAAACAUCUUGCUAGUUUUUAUAAGGAAAAAUCUAUGCUGGAAAGUGAGCUGAUAAAUAUUCAGUCGCAGUGUUCUAUGCAGAAUGAGGGAAUCAUGCAGAGAGCUGGAAAAAUAGAUGAACUACAAAAGGCAAUUAAUGAGGUGGAAGAUGGUAUUUUUCAUGAAUUCUGUGAAGAAAUUGGUGUAGACAAUAUUCGUGUAUAUGAAAAAGAACAUGUACAGAAGCAGGAAGAAAUUGACAAGAAGAGAUUUGAAUUUGAAAACCAGAAAACACGCCUGAGUGUUCAGCUUGAGUAUAUCCGCAGCUUGAUAGAAAAGGAAUUGAAAAAGAAUAACAUGCUGAAGGAAAGUAUUGUCAAAGAUGAAGCCGGUAUCGUUGAACUGAAAAAGGAUGAGGAGAAUUGUUUACAGAUGGUAGACGAAGUUCUGGCUGAAUUACAGCAGCUUAAGGAAAAGCAGGCUGUUAACAAGAUGGAUGUUGUAGAUGCACAGAACCAAGUUGAGGAAUCAAGGAAGAUAUUACUGUCUCUGAAUAGAGAGUUGGUAACUCUACAAAAGGAAGCGCUAGCAAUUGAGACCUCGUUGGAACAGAAGAAAUUAGAAAGACAUAAUAGGCUUCUUGAUUGCAAGCUUCAGGACUUGAGGAUAAACCUCCUUCUGGGAUCUUUAGAUGACAUUAGUGAAAUUGAGCUGGCUCCUGAUACCGAAAGCACUGAAAAGACGGCUGAUAUUUAUGAGAGAGAGCAAUUAAUUCAGAUAGACUAUAGCAGUCUUGGAAAAGAGCUAAAGGCUUUUCUAAGUCCUGAGAAUCCCGAGGAGCCUUACUUGGAAGGGAUCAGCUAUAACUGUGUAGCGCCGGGGAAACGAUUUAUGCCAAUGGACAACCUGUCGGGGGGUGAAAAAUCUGUAGCAGCUUUGGCUCUUGUGUUUGCAAUACACAGUUUCAGGCCUGCCCCUUUUUUCGUUUUGGAUGAAGUAGAUGCAGCUUUAGAUAACACAAACAUUGGCAAAGUGUCAACUUUCAUUAGGCAGCAGUCACAUGAACAGUUUCAGAUUAUAGUUAUAUCUCUAAAGGAAGAGUUUUAUUCUAAAGCAGAUGCUUUAAUUGGUGUCUGUCCUCAGCAAGAGGAUACUAUUUGUAGUCAAGUUCUGACCCUGGACCUUACUCAGUAUCCAGACUCGGAAGAGAGCGAAAGGCAACAGAAACCAAGAAAGAGUUCUGCAUUGAAGUAAGAUGCAGAAUGAAACAUUUUGAGAAAAUGUUCAUUUCUGCUGUUACAGUUUUGAACGUUGCUCAUGAUAGUUACUGGAGCAUUUGUUUUAAGUUUAAAACUAAAUUCAUAGACACGUAGUGAAAGAAUUGGUGGUUCAGCAUUAUAUCAUAUAAAUGUAUUUGUUCUGUUUGGACGUUAGCUGCUAAAAUCUGCAGAAUUUGACAUUUAAACAAGACUUUGACACAAAGAUGUAGCAUUUCUGUGAGCCCCCUAUUUAAGCAGAGUUUCUAGAGUGGGAGAUUGACAGCUGUAAAAUGGGUUGAUCAAGCAGGUUUCCUUUGGAAACAUGUCUGAGCACAAUAGUACCUGCAGGCGAAACACAAGUUCUUUCGGUACUCUAAACAGAUCUGCAUAGAACUUUUGGCUAGAGUCACUGUAGAGCAGCAAGUACUGUCACUUCUGUUGCUUUUCACUUGAACAUUAACCUUGAUCAGAUGGGCAUGGCAAUAGUGCCUUUUAUUCAAAAAAACCCAGUGUGCAUAGAACUAAUAACUAGAUAAUCUCAAUGUCAGGAUAAUAGUGUUAAUUGUUACAAUGCAUAAUCUGUUUUUGAAAGUGGUUAAAUACAUCCUACUUGGUUCUUGUGUUACCUGUGUCCAACGAAUCCUUUAUUUAUGUGGUCCACCUGAAGACUCCCAAGAGGUACACUUCAGAAUUAAUUUUCCUGUAGCAGUAGAAGGCACGAGACAAUGGGUAGCGCCUCAUUCUCAUAAACAGGAAUGCUUAGACAAUGCGGAUAUCCCACAGCACCCUCUAGACAGAACAAUUCAGCCAUCCAGUCUGCAUCCUGCCUUUUCUUCCAGUAGGUGAGAACUGCUGGUUGUUUCAGAGUUUCCUUAGCCUGCCUUCUCCUUAUCUGAAGGAGGGCACAACAAAAAGCCCUCAUUUGUUCUCACUAAUUUGCUCUCCCUCCAAGACCACUGCCCUGUUUGUUUACCCUUUUUUCCCCUGCUGAGAGGAUCAGAACCACCACGUCAUGUGAGAACAAUGAGGAUGUCAGGAGGUUCCUCUCUCAAAACUGCCCACCUUACAAAAAGAGACUUUUCUGCCAGUGCAGAAUGAAGAGUACCAUAUCAGGGGAAACCUCCUUGCAGUCGAGUAGGCUUAGCCACAGGAAAGCGAGUCAGAUCCAUGCUGCUCCUCCCGCCCUCUCGAAGCAACAGGGAUGCAGUGGAGAGGUUCUGCUGAGACAGGGAGUAGAUUUGGGACUGAAAUCCUACUUCCUGCUCAAUGCUAGACAGCCAAGCUUUGCACCCACAGUUUUUCCCCCAAGGCUGGUGAUGGUGCCACUCCUGAUGACAGCUAUGGGGGGGGGGAGGACAGAAACCACCUCUCAGCUGUUGAGCAUGGCUGAGGCAAGGGAGCACAGGACUGAAAGAGUGUCUUCAUUCUUGCCACACACACCCCGCUUUACUGGAUGAAAGAUGCAUAGCCAUUUCCUCUCACAGAAACAGGAAGGUGUUGACUUGAUGGCCCGGGGCAUGGUUUUGGUAACAAAACAAAAAGUAUGAAGCUUAUCCCUAUAGCUUGGGAAGAAAGACAUCCUCCUCUCCCAGCAUCUCUGGCUGUUUCUGCUGAGAAUUUAAAGGGAGCGCUGGUGCUCUGUUAUGCACCUGUCCAGUAUUUUCUUGCUGGUCAGGAUUGUUCUAUUUGCUGCUGUUUAAUUCAUGAUUGGUUGAGGGUGGUGUGUGUUUUUGUUUAUCACUGGGCCUUUUCACAUAUUGUUGGGGAACAUGAGUGGGUUGCUUUCCCUCACAACACCAUUGCACAUCCUGAUUGGCUAGCAAUUUCUACCUGUUGGAGGGAGGAGCAACACUUUCUGGGAUGCUGUCUUCCCACCACAUAGAAUGAAAAUACUAUGGCAAAAGGCCAACAAAUCUUCCAGUUUUCCACCUAAUCUGCUAGGUGCUAUUGAUAUUUAGGAUAUUAACCAGAAAGUUUUACCUUUUAUCUUGCAUUUCAGUUGUGGUUUUUUCUGACAGUUUCCCAUUACAUAACAGAAAAAGGAAACACGGGCACUUUGAAAUAUCUUUAUUAAAAUAAACAGAAAUGAAGAGCCCAAGUGUCCCACUGAAUUCAAUUUCUUCUCUUUUUUUAGCUUAAAAUCUUACAAAAGCUAAAAACUCUGUUAUGCUGUGUGUGCGCAAAGUGAGUAAUCUCUACCAGCCAAUGUUUGCACAGAGGUUCAAAAUGAUAUGCCAAGAGUUUGAAGCUACUGGUAACGGUUGUCAUGCUUAUGUUUAUGUCUGUGGAAGAACAUCUUCGCAUUUAGUUCCACUUUUUUAUGCAGUGUUCUUGUAAAAAGAGUUAAACAGGCCUUCUGUGAAAAAGAGGCCUUCCUGUGCUUAACACAUGUACUAUGGAAAUAAAAUUAGCAAGAUUCAAAAUUACAAGCAAAAGACUGCUUAUAUAUACCUCCUUGCCAUAUCUUAUCCCUGAGAAAGCACAAGUCAGUCUUGGUUAAAGAAACAUGUCUUAUCUACGUAUGCAUGUAAGUUUAAAGGAGUGUUAAGUAACCUCCGCCCAGAUACACAUAUUUUUGUAAGAUAUAAAUAUAUCAUCAAUAUAUAUUAAAUGAAACCCUUAGCUAUUAAA